AUGGCUGCGUCGAAACGGAGGAGGCCUUUGAACAAGCCGAGCGCCGUCGUGCAACUUGCCUCAGCCGCACUUGCACUGAGCUUCGCGAGCGCGUUCGCAGGUGGCUUCCACAGCAGCAGGGACAUGCGACCCCGCGUAACUUCUGCGGCGCACCUGACGGAGAAGGAGCCAGCAGGCUCAGAUCUGGAAAGCCCAGAAGAGGUUGUCGUGGAGAACAGCUCCCAGGCUAUUCGGCUCCUUCGCUCCCCCGGGCUCCGGAAGCUCCAAGCAACCUUGGAGAAGCUGCAGGCAGCAGAAGUGGGAGAUGAAACCGCAUUCCAGGCCAUGCUGAAGAAUAUCCCAAGGGUGGUCAGCAACAUCUCUGAACAGGAGAUGCCGACAGAUCUGGAAGCAGACUUUGAAGAGGCGCUCGAGAGAAGCGCGGAGCUCCUCUCACCAGAGAUGGAGGGCGAGAACCUUGGGCCGAUCAUACGCCAGCUGCUGCAGCUGCCUCUUCUGCAGCGUCUUCCAGAGAUGAUUCGGCGCUUGGGGCGCAUCGAGCUCCUCUACCCGAAAGCUCUGGAGAAUCAGACGGAGGUGUCGCAGGAUGAGCUCAGGGAAGCCUUGGCAGCUCUGGCGCAGGAACUGAAUCGAGCUGACCUUGCGCGAUGGUCAGAUGAGGACUUCACCGAAGCCCAGAACUUGAUCCAAAGAAAUCCUGUUCUGGGACCACUGGGGGAGUCCCUUGCGGAUACGGCUGACGACGCGCUGGCCGAGUUCUACGCCACCACGGCCGGGGCGGCUGCAUCCCUGAUCUUUGCUCAGCUGGCCUUGGUUGUGGUGGCCUUUGCUGUCUGCGCCUCGUGCUUUGGGGACGGAAGCAGCGACACCCCAGUCCCAACUGAUACGACGGCGCUGCCGCUCUACACGCUGGGCGGUACCGUCGGCGGAAGAUGA